CACUACUGUAGUGUUGUUUCGAAAUCAAUCCCCCCUUCUCUGUCUCAUUCCGCCAAAUCUCUCCACCGCGUCUCACUUCUCUGUGAUUCUCAUGUUAAAAAUCAUAAGAUAAAAUCGAGCUCUCCGAUUAUCACCGCCGAAUAAUCCAUUCUUGCGGUAUACAUUUCAUACCUUUUUGGCUGAAGCAACAUGAUGGAGGUGGAUACACGGCAGAAAUUACAAGAUGAUCAAAUGAGUGACUGUCGCAGCUUUGGCAGCAAUUGUCGUCCAUCUAGCCAGUCUAGAAAGAUUUCGAUUGGAAUUCUGAUUGACUCAUUGUGGAAGAAAGGAUCUGGAGGCACUAAGGAAAAUGAAGCUGCAGUACCAAACACAGAAAGGGUAAAUUCUAAGAAAGAAAGUUCAGUUGAAGGUAAAAAUAAGGGAAAAGGUGCUUUUGAUGCUACUAAAGGCAACCAAACUGAAGCUCCUGAGCAGGUCCAUUCCCCUUGGAUUACUACAAGAUCCUUUCACCAAAAAUUGCCAACUUCUGAGGGUGUCCUUUAUGCUGUAGAAACUUCCAAUUUACCAGGUUCUACUGGAAGAGGGAACAAGAUUAGCAGAGUAAAGAAUGUGCCUGUAACGCACUCAGUAGAGUUUUUUGCCAACCAACCAUCAAAUUCACAUUCUGGUGAUAUAAAGCAGAAGUUUAGUGGAUUCACCUACAAAAGGAAGGGCGGAAAGUAUAGAAACUCAAAUUCAGAAGAGGAAUUUACAUUUGCAACUGAAAAAGAAGGCUCCGUGCCAGAUAUAGCAGUGACUGAUGAUAAGACAGAAGAGAGAAGAACUGAAACUUUGAAAAUGAAACUAUGGGAAAUACUGGGAAAUGUUUCUUCACCGAAAAGUCAGCCAUCUAAUUCUCAGGCUCAUCAGAUUGGUGUCAAUAAUUUAAAUCAGAACCAAAUUCUUGAUCAAACAGAUGAUGUAGUUGUCAAGCCUAGACAGAGCUCAGAUACCAUAGAAACUGAUUCUGAAACUCCUGAUCAUACUAUGAAGAGACCAGUGACUUGUUCCUUGACCCAAAAAAGAGCUUUAACCAAACAGAAACCAGAGAAAACUAAAGUUGAUCCAUCCUCCAGUCACAGGCAAAAAAUUCAAGAGAAGGAUGUCUACUCCUUCGAAGAAGGAUUGCUUGGAAAACAAAAUGUUGCUGUCAAUGAUGGCUCUUCAAUGUCUACAAGGAAGAAGGGCCAGAUAAAGUGUUUCAGCAUCAAACCACGUAAGAUUCACUUCAGUGAAGACAACAAUGGAGAUGAGAUUCAGGAAGGAAGUCACAAGAGUGAAAUAUCACUCCCUGCUGAGAAAAUGUCUUCUCAUAGCAAUAAAAUGGGAAAUAUCCAUGGUUCUCAGAAUAAGAGAGACUACUGUGGACCAAAGAAUAGAAACAAAGAAAGAGAUCCCCAUCAAUCUGCAAGGAAAACACCUUUCCCUGCUGAGAAAGCAUCUUCUCUUAGCAACAAAAUGGGAAAUUUUCAUGGUUCUUGUAGGAAUAAGAGAGAAUACACUGAACCGAAGAAUAGAAACCAAGAAAGAGAUUCCCAUAAAUCUGCAAGCGAAGACUCCCACCAGUCUUUAUGGACACUCAGGACUGGUCAACAGAAUGAUUUUAGCAGCUCCGCAGUACCUGAACAUGGGGAUCAACAAGAAAAAUUUGAUACUCCCUCCUCAAAUAGCGCUGUUGAUCCUCCGAAUGAUUUCCAGAGUCCACCAUUCAAAAUCAAUUCCUGUACCUUAAGCUCCCCCCCAAGCUCAAUGCCAAAAUCUGACCAGAUAAAACAGGUUUUUGGCAGUCCUGAACAAGCAGUGAGAAAAUUUACUGUGGGAAAAAUAAAUAGCUUCAGGACUUUGUGGACUUCAAAGGCAGAUUGUUUUGCCUCAAAUAGUCAAACAGAAUCGCCUGAUGUUGCAGCAGAAAUUAUGGAUUCCCCACCCAGAAAAACAUCACCUCUUAAGGGGGAAAAAGAUGUGGAAGGUGGUCUUUUUGAAUCAUCAUCUGAAGAUGGAUACUCUGAGAGCUCUGAAGAAGGUUCACCAAUUUUUAAGGGUCAUAGAGAAGGAGAUAACUUCUCUCCAGAAACUGCUACUGCUGUCAGAUCAAAAUUCAUGCUUCAUCCAACUAAAAGGCUCCGCAACCACAAUGUUGAAGAACUCAGAAAAUUUAGUCCCACAUCACCCUCUCCAACAGGCAUUGUUGAAACUGAGCUCACUCCUGAGAUUUCAGAACAAAACCAAGGGAAUGAACUGGAAAGGGCCAUUAUGCUGUUCGCCACAGCUUUAGAAAACUUCAAAAAUAAAAUGAAGUUGGAGACUAGAAAGAAAUCCUCGGACAUUUUGAUGUCUGUCUCAGAGGAGAUACGUCUACAGUUGAAGAAUAUUGAGUCGCAAAUCCAAACAGAUCUGGGGAAGCUGUCAAGUGUUAAUAAAUCAAAAAGGAGACGCCUGGAGUCAAGAUUUGAAGAACAACAAGAGGAACUAAAGUUGAUACAUGAUAAAUUCAAACAAGAUAUUUAUCAGCAUCUCCAGGAGUGUAAAACCACGCUUGAAGGACUAGAAUUGCACCAGAUUGACUUCAACGGAACUGUGAAAAAGCGAAAAGCAUCACACCAGAAGCUUCUUAUGCAAGCGGAAGAAGCAGUGAAGACACAGCUAGAUGAUGCACAAAGAAGAAUCACAGCUGUGCAAAAGUUGGCAAGGGAAAAGACGCUCCAGUUGAAGUAUGUUGUAGCCGAGUGCUUGAAUGAGGGUGUUCUAAGUUGACGAGGUUUUUUAGCUGAUGGCUAACAAGAUGGGGACUUUGUACAGAGACCAGAAUUAGGAAGAGGCCGAAGGUUUUACGAGUUUCCUAGAGGUUGAGCCUGUAAGCUUUUUCUAGGUUAUAAGAUUGCACAUCAUGCUGUGGAAUUGUUGUGACAGCCAAGUCCCUCUGGCAGGUAUUUUUGUCAUACGUCCACGGUGUUGCCGUUUAGCUAUAUAGCAAACCAUACUGAGAUUAUUCAUUUAAUAGUCAACCUCAGAUUAGAUAGCUUUUUUUUUCUUUCCUAAGCUGCCUGCCUUUGGACGAGUUAAACAGUCCAUAAUGGUAAAAGUAUGUUCCAGAA